AUGCUCAACGACUUGAAAGAAGCAGAGAAGAGAAUAGGACUGCGAAUAAACAAAAAGAAGACACAGUUAAUGAAGAACGCCUACUGCGAGGAUGGAGCAGUACAACUUGAAGGCUCCCAAAUCGUGGAAACUUCGUCAUACGUAUACCUCGGACGUUCUAUGAACAUGGAAAACGACUUGAGGAAAGAACUGAAUAGAAGAAUGAGAGCAGCAUGGGCAGCAUUCGCAGCCGUCAGGGGAGCUAUGGACCAACUGACGGACCAAGAUCUUCGUGCCCAUCUGUUCGACUCGACAGUCCUUCCAGCGCUCUGUUACGCAGCGGAGACGUGGGCAAACACCGCUGCCACGUUUAGGAAGCUGAUUGCUACCCCCAGAGCUCUUGAUAGAUGUCUUCUGAAGUUUAGUCGGCGCACACAACACCUGGCCGGUCUUCGCAACUCCGACUUAAGAGGAAUGUCCCGUCUUCGCGAUCCAGCGGAAUAUAUAUCGAAAGCAAAGCAUAUCAUGAGAAGAAUCGACGAUAGAUGGACUAAAAGAGCGCUAGAGUGGAUUUCAAGAGAUGCUAAACGUCUUCGAGGGAGACCACCAACGAGAUGGGGUGACGGGUUCGCUACACGGAUAGACCAGCUGAGAGCUCAACUGGAUACGGCUCAAGGACCUCGUCAAAGUCACUCACGAAACUUGAGAACAUGUUGGAUGACAAUAGCAAGGGAACGAAACGAGUGGAAGAGAUGCUAG